GUUUCAUUCAGUCGAGUGUCGUUCCGUUGCAUUUUUUAUAAGCCCGUAAAAAAUGCUAAAGUCAUAAAAUAUACGAGGAUUCUAACUUUAAGUUCUGCAAAAAACAUGUCGCUCGUUUUGUCGCGUGUCGAUUACGCCACUGUCGGUGUCACCUCACGGGGUACGACAAAAAUUUUGCCCUCGGCAGAUUCGAGACAGACACAAAAAUUUGCUGUUGCCGAUCACGAUGGCAUUCUUCAUGUGUAUGGUAUGAAGAAAGGGGAACUGCAGCUUUCCUUCAAGUCACUUCCCGGUCCGGCAAUACGACGAAUGGCUUUGGGCGGUACGCUGGGAACGCUUCGGGAUAAAAUUUUCAUCGCCUACGGAAAUUCCGUGAAAGGUUUUACUCGAAAGGGCAAAAUGUUUCUUGAAUUUGAUACGAGCCUCAUCGACCCGAUAUCCGCAAUGUACGUCCUCGGACCAGACUUAGCAGCCUGUGCUCGUGAUCUUUAUCAUCGAUACCUGAAUUGCAAAGACGCUGAUUCCUAUCUGGCUGGAGAAACCCUCUACGACGUCGUUCUUCUGCCUUUUGACGGGUCAUCAGUUUUUGCAGUCCUCGCUUGCGGAGAUCGUGCUAUUCGAGUUCUUUACGGUACUAGGAGCCCAACUGUUCUAAGGCUUCCAAGUGUCCCAACGGUGCUCGCAUUGUACAGAGAGGGGGAUAGAGAAUCAAUGGACAAAGUUCUCGUGGGUACAAUCGACGGUAAAAUUGGCCUUUUGAUACUCGAGGGUAACAAAACUCUGAGAAUAACUUGGCUGAUCAACACUGCUGGCUCUGAAAUAACUUCUCUGGAUACGUACGAGCUGGACGAUGGUCUUGACAUUCUCGUCGGUCGACAGGACGGUACCGUCGAUGUUUAUGGAUUCCCCGAUGACGAGGAUACAGUACCGAAUCUCAAAUUUCGUUACAAUUCCGGUGAAAGCAUAAGCAGCAUAUGUGGCGGGUUGAUUGGGUCGGUGGAUCACCCUGAAGUCCUAGUGACCACGUAUUCCGGUCGAAUAUUUGGUCUAACUACAAAACCACCGGGUUCUCUCGAGGCUGAGUCCAAUGACAGUGGUCUGGCUAAACUGAAAACAGAAAUACAACAAUUAGAGCAAAAAUUACACGAAGAUGUUGAGCCCCCCGAUUUUAACAACGAUUCUUUAACGCCUCUCAUACUAUCGGUUAGCCACAGAAUGAUCCUGGAUCGAGAUACAGCUUCGUAUUUGUUGUCGGUGGAGUUAGAUACUUCGAUUGAUAAUGUUUUAAUACAAUCGGAUACUCCCAUAGAAUUAGUUGAUGAAAGUAAUAAUGCUGUCGUAAGUCUCUCAGCGUGCAAUCCUGAGGAGGGGAACUUCGUCCUUGCAACUUUUCGAUGCCAGUCCAAUACAAAUCGUUUGGAAACACGAUUACGACCAGUCGAAGGACAAUCUGGUACUCUGCAAGUCUACGUCACUUCGCAGAUACAGCCAAAGUGUUGUCGCAGAAUCCGAUUGCCGAUUUAUGCGCUGUCGCUUCAUGCCAGGCUCCACGAAGACGAAAGUGACAAACUUUCUGGCGGGCCUUACAACGAGCUUAGACUCACUGGGGCUUUUACAGUGGCCGAGAUGCAUGCGUGGUUAUCUUUAGCUCUGCCAGAUAUUCCAGAACGAUCGCAAUUGAUAGAAGGUGAAGCUUGUCUCAAUUACGUCUCCACAUUCGUUGGCACGAUCCUCAAAUGCAAGUACAAGAAAGGGAGUGCGACGUUUCUAGGUGAAAAUGUUUCUACUAUUAUUAUUCUUCGUGACAUACUGACCAGGGAAGCUACCAAAAGAAAAACCAAACUGGAAGUUUUUUGCGAUGUGGCUGAGGGUAGUGUGGCUCGAGUGCUUCAACUGAUUAUGCCAAGGCUCGACGAGGCUCAUGCACUUGCCGAAAAGAUAAAAAUCUUAGAUGCGCUCCAAGAGCUAGAAAUGCGUUCAGAUUCGCAAGAAAAUUUGUCUACAGAGUGGCAAGAGCUCAUCAGGGAUGAAAACUCUCUGAGAUCGAAAGCUACUAAAGGUGCUGAUACUUUGGAGAGAUUGCACGGUGUCGUUACAGAUUUAUACGUCGAUUUGGAACGAGCAAAAGGCUCUCGCAGAAUCAGCAGUAAAGCUGCGGGGCUGAAACUUAACUCUGCUCUAGAAUCGAGAGACUUGACAUUAUUGCUGCAAGUUUUGUUGGGCAAAGAAGAAAUAACUCUCCGCUCAAUACCAACGACUUCAACAGUUCAUGAUUGAAAGUAUCAAUUAUUAUCAUCA